AAUGCCUGCACUGCCGCUGUGUCAGUUUAGAUUUUAAAUCGAUGCCGGUUGACAGCAGAUGGUCCAGCAGCAAAGCUCUUUUCAGGUGGGCUAAUUUCCUGCAUCAGAGCCAUGAUUUAUUACUUGCUAAGAUGGGCUGCGUUUAUUUGGACUGUGAAUUUAAUUCUUCACACUGUUGGAAUGGCAGUGAACGAACGAACAGAUGGCUCGUGUCCCCCUUUGAGUGUGGAGGAACACUUGUUUUCGGAUGUUUUAGAUCGUCCACUGGAAAUCACAGGAUUCGAUCUAACAGAAAUGUUUCUUCUCCGGAAGGGAACAGUCACGGAAGACUUGCCGUCGUUUCGAUUAGGAAGCAGUCCACUAAUUAAGUCAACAAAAUUAGUAUUUCCAAAUGGGCUUCCAAGUGAGUACUCCCUUGUCUCCAACUUCCGGGUGAGAAGAACUACCAAAAAAGACCGCUGGUAUCUUUGGCAGAUAUUUGACCAAUCAGGUGGCAGUCAGGUAUCUGUUGUGAUUGAUGGAGGUAAGAAAGGGGUGGAGUUUUCUGCCCUAGGCCUGCCGAAGAACACACUUCGCUACACAUUUAAGAGCCGUGACUUGCAGGCCCUCUUUGAUCGCCAGUGGCACAAGUUGGGCAUUUCUGUACAGAGCAACAUAGUUUCCAUUUAUAUGGACUGCAAGCUAAUAGAAAGGAAACUGACUGAUGAGAGGGAGAGCAUCGACCCCGGUGGACGCACACUCAUCACUACGCGAGUGGAGGAUGGACGGCCUGUAGAUAUUGAACUGAAACAAAUUCUGAUCUUCUGUGACCCGUACAUGGCUGAGAUGGAAAACUGCUGUGAGCUGUUGGAGCCAAAGUGUGGAGUCAAGAAGACAUUUAAUGGGACUUCCCCUCCUCCGGGUACAGCCCAGAUUCCCCUGAUGCUGUCUCAGCCGACCUCACAGUCAAUUGACAGAUGUCACUGUCCAUCUGAAAAGGGGGACAUGGGGGAGGCUGGGCUUCCAGGAAACCCGGGACUUAAUGGGGAACUUGGAUCAGAAGGGCAGAAGGGAAUCAAUGAAGAGAAGGGUGACGUUGGUCUGACUGGAACCCCAGGGCUGCAUGCUAAGAAUGAAUGUCUCAAAGGAGAUCAGGGCCCCCAAGGUGACAAAGGAGAGAAGGGAUUGGCCGGACUGCCAGGUCAGCCAGGGGAAUCAGGCAAAGAGGGCAAAAGGGGACGGAGAGGAAAGACUGGAGAGCCUGGACCCAGAGGCCUGCCUGGCCCCCCAGGAAUCUCUGAAGGUGCAGCUGUCAAGGGGGAGCCUGAAGUCCCUGGGGGAAAAGGGGAGAAGGGGGACAGAGGAGAUCCUGGUCAGCCAGGUGCCGAGGGGACCGGCGGCAUGAAAGGACAAAAAGGUGAUGUUGGCCCUCCUGGUCCUCCAGGUCCUGUGAUGACAGCUCAUGGAUUAAGACAGCUCUCCGAAACUGAUGAAAUGAAGGAAAGAACCCAAAAGGGUGAAAAGGGAGACGGGGGUGAGAGAGGAGUUCCCGGACCACCAGGCUUCAAGGGAAGCAUAGGUCCACCAGGACUGAAGGGAGAUCAAGGACCAGAGGGGACGCAAGGCCGGCCUGGACCCAUUGGACUCCCAGGACUUCCAGGUGAACCAGGCUCACCAGGGGUGCCUGGGAGAGAUGGCCUGAGAGGAGAAAAGGGGGACUCUGGAGGAGUGGUUGGACCCCAGGGACCUCCUGGUCCUAAGGGCGAGCCUGGAGAACCUGGUGGUGGAUAUAUGAGUGAUGGGACGUCUCUAACUCGAGGGUCCCGUGGACCUAAGGGCGAGAGAGGUGUGCCAGGAUUGCCAGGAGAUCACGGUGAAAAAGGCGAACCUGGGGAGAGUAUCAUUGGCCCUGUGGGACCUCCAGGGAAGCCAGGAAUUGAGGGCUCCCCUGGACCACCAGGUUUAUUUGGACCUCCUGGGUCUCCAGGAAGAGAAGGCUCCCCAGGGAGGCCAGGCCCGCCAGGCCCUGCUGGACCUCCAGGUGAACCAACUGCCCUGCCUAUCGUAAGAGACAUGGGGGCUUUGCUUAAGAACGCCUGCAGUUUGUGCCAGACGAGAGUCCCCGGGCUGCCUGGGCAGAAAGGAGAGAAGGGGUCCCCUGGAGAGCAAGGAGUAGAAGGCUUGGUGGGAGAAAAGGGGGAUCCAGGUGUAAGAGGUCCGAUGGGUAAUCCUGGGAAGGAGGGCCCAAAGGGAGUAAAAGGAGAGCGAGGGUUCCCAGGCCCGACUGGAGAUAAAGGUGAUGAGGGGCCUCCAGGAGCACUGGGAGUUCCUGGUGGGACAGGACGUACAGGAGCCCCGGGGCUCAUGGGAAGACCAGGUCCAGUGGGCCAACCAGGAGCAAAAGGAGAAAAGGGAAACGAAGGACCUCCAGGCAGACCAGGGCUUCCAGGACCUCCUGGGGUGGAGGGCAAUGGGAUGAGCAGUCUGUACAAGCUGCAGAGUGGUGGAGCUAUUUUAGGACCCCCUGGAGCUCCUGGUGCUCCGGGUCUCAAAGGAGAUGAAGGACCAGCAGGUGAACCAGGAGUCAUGGGUUUACCUGGUCUUGAAGGGCUACCUGGUGCCAAGGGUGAUAUUGGUUUGACUGGUCACCCUGGGAUUCCAGGUCCUCCAGGGAAGCCCGGCACUCGUGGAGAGCCAGGGAUCCCAGGAGAGCCGGGUGAGAGGGGACCGAUCGGAGAGACAGGAUUCCCGGGACCCGAAGGUCCCCAAGGAGUUCCUGGGAGACCUGGAAAAGAUGGAACUCCUGGAUUCAAGGGCGUCACGGGUAGAACAGGUGACAGGGGAUCUAAAGGAGAACGUGGUGAUCCAGGGAUUCCAGGAGAAAGAGGUGUCCAAGGCGAAAGGGGUCGGAUAGGAGAUCCUGGCCCCACUGGACCGACUGGACCACAAGGUGUAAAAGGCGAUCCUGGUCCUCCAGGACAGUUGGGGAAUGGAAGACUCCUGGAUGAUCCCAGCUUCACAGAGGAUCUCAAAAUGUUUAUCCAAAGUGAAGUAAUGAGGAUUUUUGAAGAGAAAAUUUCAAGUACAGCCAUACUGCAGAAGACACCCGCUGGCAUCUUAGCUUCACAGGUUCAAGGGCCUCCAGGAGCCCCUGGCAAGGAUGGAUUACCAGGCCCACCAGGAGAGCCCGGGCCUCCUGGACCUCAAGGUUACAGGGGUCAGAAAGGAGAACGAGGACAGAUGGGGCUGGGGUUGACGGGAGAUCCAGGACCCAUGGGGCCACCAGGUCCACCUGGAACUGCUUCUCAGGGACCUCCUGGCUCUCCAGGACCCAGUGGACCUCCUGGGACGUGCAACCCCACUGAUUGUCUUCUUCCUUCCUCGUGAGCCCAGCAGAUUACAACAUAGGCUGGUCUAAGGACAGCCGUCCAGCACUGAGCUCCAUGCGGCUACUGACCAGGAGAAGGCCUCACCUCACUGCAUCUGACAGCUUCUGCAGUUCUGCUUUAACAGACAGACUCACAAGUGAAACCUUUUGUUCACUUCCCGAUAAGAUUUGGAUGCCGUUGGGGUUUUGCUUUUUCCGAGAUCGCUGUUGUGUUUUGUUUUGAACGCAGCCGAAAACCUUUCGCAAUGCUGUACUUUGAAGCUGUUUCUUGUUUUCACAACCCCUACUGUGAUGUAAUGCAUUCCUUGUCGACUCUCAACAUGUCUUUUAAGACUUUGUUUCGCCAGGUUCAGCCCUGUCUGAAAACACAAUCUUAAUUAUUUGUUUGCCUCUCUAGUGGGCAUGUCUAUGCACUCCUCUGUUCUCAUUCAGAUAAGCCAUUGUGCUGGCAGAAGGUACGUCUCUUGUUUCUUCGUGUGUUUGUGAGAGAAAGACAGAAGGAGAGGGAGAUUAGCCGAGUGAAAUUUCUUAUUUUUUGUGUAGGUGUGAGAAAAUAAAUCAUUUAUUAAACUUCUUAUGCAACCAAAGUGCAGCCAAUGUGUCUGAUGGAGAAAUAAUUUAUUUGGAGUGUGCUUCUCAGUAAAGAUACUUAUUGUAAAUGUAGCAUGGAUAGUAGGUAAUUAUUAUUACUGGUAAGUGGAUAAAUACAUGUCAAGCUUUUUUCUCUUUUUUUGUGUGUGACUAAUGGCACGGGUUUGCAUUACCUGCGAUAAUCAGGAGCCUGCUGUCAAAUUGUUGCUAAAGAGGUCUUCCCAUUUUCUGUAUAUCUAUGCCGAGCUCUCAUCACUGACAUUUGCCAAAGCUUCUAUAAUUUAAAAACCUACAAACAACCCACUGGUACUGUUUGAAGCUAUUUGUGGACGACACCCACAUCAAGAGCAGAUUUGUUUUCCACAUGAAAAGAUUGUACUUUAAAUGUUAAUGUUCAGUGAAUGUAAGGCGAUCCCUCACUUUCCUUUACUGUUUAACCUGUAGAUAAUUGAUCGUGUGUGUCUAUGUGUGUGCGUGUGGUAUAUUUAAUUUUUUCUUGUGCAAUGGGGCUUGUUAAGGGACCUGAUGAUUUAUCUUAAUAAGCAAGCUGUUGUAAUGAAAGAUUAAGGUUCUCACUUACAAUCGAACAUUUCUCAUGUCAGAUGAUUUCUAUAUAAAUUGUUUACAUAGUUACAUGUAUGAUGAUUCCUUUGGUUUAUAUGUAUAUUUUUAUUUUCAGCAAUCCAAGGGAAAUCGGACUACCACACUAAAGCUAUACAUUUUUUUAUUUUGGGAAAAUGUUAUACUCAUGAAUGUACUUGAACUUUCUGGUUUUAACUGUAUCAUAAUCUACAUCCUGAUUUUUUUUUACACACUGACCAACACUGUGUGUUACUAUGGAUUUUUUUGGGGUGGGGGGGGCUUUUAGACAGGAUGCUUGACUUAUUUAUUUUCUAUAAAUCUUUUAUAAGUCAAUUUAAUGUUCUUGAUUGAUUUGUGAAAGUUUUGAGUUGAUUUUACCCCAACAGGCCACAAACUCGUGAGUAAAAUACGUUGACUGUUUCCAAAACAAAUUCACAAAAGAGAAACAAAAGUUUUCCAACAUUUAAAAUUUGGAUUUCAAUAAAUUCCCAAUUUGGAAAUAUUUAGAUUUCUAAUAUUUUCAUUUACACUACCGUUCAAAAGUUUGGGGUCACUUUGCCAUGGGAUUCAAUGGGGAAUUGAUCCCAAACUUUUGAACGGUAGUGUAGAAAAAUAUACUUUCCAAUCAUAGUAAUCAGAGGGUAUGUUACAUUAGAAAGACAGGAAAAAUAAUAAUAAUAAUAAUAAUUGGACUUAGUUAAUGUAUAGAACUCUUAUCAAGAUUUCCUUUUCAGGUCUGUUUAAUGAGGGUUUGACUCAAAGGCUUUAAUUUGACUUUUUAGUCCUGCUGUGAUGAGUGUUUAAAUGGUUCUGUGGGUUUAUCUGAAAUGUUGUGACAUUAAGAACUCUUUUUUUUAUCUAUUUCAUCAUUUUAAGAUCUGUUAGACACUUUUUUUUCUUUGUUUUUCAUGUUCCACAUCAUAUGCAUCUCUUAUACAAUGAAUUAUAGCUCACAUAUAAAUCAGAAAAUGCAGAACUUUUUGUUUUUCAUCUCUGCUAAACCUUAUCAGUGUGAGUGUGUCUAAUUUGGAAACUGAAUGCACGUCACUGACUUCAUUUGUGAGUUGAAGGAGCCCCCUGCUGGAAAUUUGUUUUCUCAUUGCUUUGAAAGUAUAUAAAGAAAACAACAUUUCUUUGGUUUAUUGGCCAGAUAAAAUGCUCUCCAUUCAACUUCUACAACCCUUUCAACUGCAAUUUUUUUGAUAUUCAGCUUCAUGGGUUCCUAUCAGAGACAAUUAUGCUGAUCUUGAUGAGAUUCAAAUGAGACAGUGCCAGCAGACUAAUGUGAUCUUAACUUUUUCUGGUGUGCUGCUGAGAGCUGCUUCCCCUGAAUAUUGAAUUUAGCUUGAAUUAAUAUUAAUAUGCACCAGUUUGCUAUACUUCCAUUUAACCAACAGUGUCAUAAGUAAAGAGGACACCAAUGUCACAGCUCACUUCACUUGGAAUUUGGAGCUAUUUAACAUUGCACCAAGUUAAAGUUAAUUUAUUUAAAGUGAAAAAUGUCCAAUGAAGGCAAAUUAGGAGUUGUUGCAACAACUGAAAAUGCGUCUUAGGACAGGCCAAUCAGAUAACCCAGAAUUAAACUAAAGCUUUAUUUUCAUCCAUCCAUAUAUUUUGUUAUUACUUGUGUUUCUCAAUAAUGUAAGUUGAUCUUGUUGCCACAUGUAAUCUAAUCUUGUAAGUAAGCUUGUAAUGAGGGGGAAUAUGAAUCAGCCUCUCAGCACGGCACCUCGGAUUAAAAAUGUCUGCCUGCUGCUCUCAGUGAAGCCGCUCUUUGCUUCCGUAUAAGCUCAUAUCGUGCUGAGUGACUUUAAUGUUUGUUUAUCAAAGUCUUUGUUUGGUUGGAUAUCUACCUCAGUCUUGGCUUACUGCAUGUCUACGUGAUUAGAAAUAAAUUAAAGAAAGUCUAAACAACUGUUGCCUUGAAAAAAUGAAAAACCUCUCUUGUUCAAGAACGCCUUUAUUGCAGUUUUGUUGGUGUUAGUGUGGCCUAAUUCAGCUCACAGACUGAGAAAGCAUAAACAGGGGCAUUAAUGUUCCUUUUGUGGAGACGAUUCUGUGCAUCUGUGGUUACCAGGAAUCAGAGGUUGUAUUUUACUCUUUUCUUUGCAGAAUCUUUUAUUUACAGAUGCCAUCUGCCUUUCUGUGUGCAAUAAAUGUUAUUCAGUGCAUUAUCUCUUGUGUUCAGUUUCAAUUUCUGUGCUAACACAGCAAAGUUCUUUUACAAUAAAUCUUAUUCAACUAAUGA